AGUAUCAUUCGCAGAUCCAGUUCACUUCUGUAAAGAACUACCAAUCAGCACUCCUAGCAACAUGGCCUUCAAGUUCGUCUUCGCCCUCGCCUUCGUCGCCGUGGCCAGCGCCGGUUAUGCCCCCAUCGCCGCCCCACAGGUGUACCAUGCUGCCCCAGCGGUGGCCACCUACGCCCACGCCCCCGUGGCCGUCGCCCAGAAGGUCGUGGUCAAGGCCGCUGAGGAGUACGACCCCCAUCCCCAGUACCGCUUCUCCUACGGAGUCGAUGACAAGCUGACCGGUGACAACAAGGGACAGGUGGAGGAGCGCGAUGGAGAUGUGGUCCGCGGCGAGUACUCCCUGAUCGACGCCGACGGCUACAAGAGGACCGUCCAGUACACCGCCGACCCCAUCAACGGAUUCAACGCCGUCGUGAACCGUGAGCCCCUGGUCAAGGCCGUCGCCGUUGCCCCAGUUGUGAAGACCGUCGCCGCUCCCGUUGCCCACUACGCCGCCCCUGCUGUCGCCCACUACGCUGCUCCCGCUGUGGUCAAGACCGUGGCUCCAGUUGCUCACUACGCUGCUCCCGCUGUGGUCAAGACCGUGGCUCCAGUUGCUCACUACGCUGCUCCCGCCGUGGUCAAGACUGUUGCCCCAGUGGCUCACUAUGCUGCCCCCGCUGCGUAUGCCACCUAUGCUGCUCCCACCCACUACGCUGCUCCCACCCACUAUGCCGCCCCCGCUGCCACCUACACGUCGUACUCGGCUCCCGCCGUCGCCUACCACCAAAGGAGGACACAGUCUCGCUUCUUUCGCUCUGCAAUUUGCCAACCAACCUCAAACACUCGCCAAAUGGCUUUCAAGCUCGUUGCUCUGGUUUCCUGCUGCCUGGCAGCCGUGUCCGCUGGACUUAUUCCUGUGGAGCAGCACGAGCAGCAUCCCCAGCUGUACCAGGCCCACCAGCCCCAGCAUGUGAUCUACCAAAAGCAGCACGAGAUCCAUCCCCACGGCCACGAAGUGUAUCCCGAUGACCCUCAUCCCAAGUACAACUUCGCCUACGAUGUGCAGGAUGCGCUCUCCGGGGACUCGAAGAGCCAGGUGGAGUCCAGGGAUGGUGAUGUGGUGCAGGGAGAGUACUCCCUGGAUGAUGCCGAUGGCUUCCGUCGCACUGUAAAGUACACCGCCGAUUCCGUCAAUGGAUUUAAUGCCGUUGUGCACCGCGAGCCCCUGGCCCAUGUGCACCACAAGGUGGUGGCUGCUGCUCCUGUUCAGUACCACCACGCCCCUGCCGCACCAGCUGCCGUCAUCAAGAGCUAUUCUUCCCCCUCCCAGGCCUAUGUCGCUCCCACCUACGCAGCCCCUGCCUACACCGCCCCCGCCUACACCACCCACCAGGCUGAGCAGCCACAGGAGCAGGAGCACCAGCAGCACCACUAUGCCAGCUACGAGUCACCCGCCCACUCCCAGGCCGCCCACGAAGGUCAUGAGUACUACCACCACCAGUAAGGGGUUUCCAGCCACAGAUCACCUGACAAGCGAAAGUAUUAUUAUCGUGCA